GGCCGUCGGCUGGGUGUUGUGCAAGGGCCGAACUUGGAAGAAAAUCAGAAACCUCCCUUUGGAAAUACCCCUUGGGCGGGAAGUCGUGGAGGUCCCGGGGCCGGUGCUCACGGGGGCGGUUCCUACAGGGCUUAAGAAGGGCUGAGGUUGGAGCCGGCCGCCAGAAGGAGACAGCCCCGGCCAGCAGCACCCGCUCCCUGAAAGGGGGAAGGAAGGGAAGAAGGGAAAACCAGCCCUGCUGCUGCCCUGUGGGUGAUGGAGCCGGCUCCUGUCCUUCUCCUCCUGGGCUCGCUGUGGGGCUGCAGCGGUCGCCCCGCUGACAGGCUGGUGGUGACACCGCGGGAGCCGCUGGUGCCGUUUGGGGGCUCGACGGAGCUGAACUGCUCCUUGGCCUGCGCAGGGGGCAAGGUGGAGUGGAGGGGGCUGGACACCGCCCUGGGGACCAUCUCCUCCUUCUCCACCCACAGCAUCCUGCACAUCAGGCACGCCACCGUGGCCACGGAGGGCAUGAAGAUCUGCCAGGGCAAAUGCCACGGGCAGCACUACCAGAAAACUGUCACACUGAAGGUCUACGCCCUCCCAGACACGCUGAGGCUGGAGGCAGCUCCCCACAUCCUGCGCCCAGGACACCCCGCCAGCCUGACCUGCUCGGCCACGCACCUGUAUCCUCCCACUGGGCUGGCCCUCACCUGGUACCGGGGGCACCAGGUGCUGGAGAACCUUGCAGACGUUGACUGCAAGGAUGCCGAUGAGGAGGAGCUGUGUAACGUCGUUUCCACCCUGUCGGUGAGCGGCACAGAGGUGGCAGAAGGGGUGGAGUUCAGGUGCGAGGUGACGCUGCACGUCGGGCAGGAGACCUUCACCCGGGUGGCAUCUCUGGUGGCAAGCGCUGAGGCUGUGAUGACAGCAGCCAUGGCCACCUCCACGGCGAGCCCCAGCACAGCCAGGCCCGUGGCCACCACAGCACUCCCGCCAGGGCCUGGUGUCCCUGCCAGUGAUCCCACCACAGCACGGGAGCCCAGCACUGCCACCACUCUGGAUCUUGCUGUUGUCACCAACCCCCGCUCCACGGAGCCCUCUGUGCCCCAGGACCUCAUGGCAGGCAGCCACACGGCAGGUGUGGCCACCAGCACCCUCCCUGGCUGUGGCACAGCAGCGACAGGGCCACCCGUGGGGACAAUGCCCGCCUGCAGCCUGCAGAUCAGGUCGCUGCCUCCCACGGGGACACGGGGCAGAGCCCUGCGCAUCGAGUGCCACGCUCAGUGCACCGGGAACGCCACGGUGGGCUGGCUCCGGACCCCCGCAGCCCUGUCGCAGUACCGGGAGGAGGCGGCGGGCAGCAGCUCUGCCCUGCGGCUGGACCGCGCCGAGCCCUGGCACCAGGGCCACUACCAGUGCGUCCUGCUCGGCCACCGCGCCCAGACGGUCAGCCUGGAGGUGCUGGUGGUGGAUGAUUCCUUCAGCUCCAGCCCUGCCAUUGCCAUGGGCACAGCGGGAUCGCUCUUGGGGCUCAUCCUGACCGCUGCCGUGUCUCGACGCCUGUGGAAACGAUUCAGAUCUCGGUAGCAGCUGUCCUAGAGGGGGAGCAGCCGGCUGGUGGCCUUGGCCCUCCAGCCGUGUCCCUGCUGUCCCCCGGCUGUCGCUGGCCUCUGGCCCCGGCCAGCAAGAAGGAGCAGGAGCGGAGCAGCUGCCGCGGCAGGCAAAGCCUGGAGGGCAAUGAGCACAGGCGACACAGGGACGAGGCCAGGGACGCGUCCGGGACUGGAUCCCCGCGGGCUGGCACCGAACACCGGGCUGGGUCCGGUGCGUGCGGCUCCCGGCACCAGCGGACGGGCGGGAGCACGAAGGCCGCUUGUCUGUCACGACACAAGGUCCCGGGGGGAGCGUGAGCUCGGCGCGCGGGUGGGACCGGUGCUCCAAUAAAGAGCUAUUUCUGUUCGAGCCCUCAGAAAAGUGUCCUUUGGGCCUGGGCGGCCCCGGUCCC